GUGGUAAAGAAAUGGCAGACAAUAGAGAAGAAUGAAGUGAUAUAUGUUUGGCACCACUCGGAGGAUAAGGACCCCAAUCACUACCCCCAAGAUUUUCUUGGAAACAACUAUAAUAAUCUAUCACUGAAAGGGAGUUUCCUCAGACUUAUGCAUUGUAACUAUCAGAUUGUAUUGGAGAAUGGGUUCGACUUACAGCACUUUCGUUACGUACACCAGCUUGAUUCGGAUGCAAUGAUCAUGUUCAAUUGUCAGACACCUAAGCGCCCAAUAUUGACCCGCAAUGACGAGGCAAUUGUCAGUGAAAGCCCUCAAUAUCCUAACACUUGGGUUGUGAUCAUGACAUCAAGAGAUCUGCCCCUCAAUGGUGUGAAACCCUUUGAAAUGUGUGGCAAACAAUGGGUGGCAUUCAGGGGUGGAUCGGGUGCUGUCCACGUGUUGUCCGCCUAUUGUCCACAUUUGGGCGCAAAUCUCGGUGUCGGCGGACAUGUGGUGACUGAGUCAGAGUCGGGCGACGACUGUAUUCAGUGUCCAUUCCAUGGCUGGAGGUUUGGCGGAGACGGACAGUGCAAACGCAUACCUAAUNACAUGUGGUUUGGCGGAGACGGACAGUGCAAACGCAUACCUAAUCUCAACGAGUCUGAGUUAAAUGCAUUGAAAGCUGUGGUAAAGAAAUGGCAGACAAUAGAGAAGAAUGAAGUGAUAUAUGUUUGGCACCACUCGGAGGAUAAGGACCCCAAUCACUACCCCCAGGAUUUUCUCGGAAAAAACACGUACGGCACAGAGAGGGAGCCUACAAUCACCGGUAAAAUGACCAUCUAUUUACUCGGCAUAGAGUUGGUCACUUUACCCUUUAAACUGUGUCACGUGUCACCAGUGAUGGAACUGCUAACCAUUGGCACAGAGGGCUCAAUGUUGGGCACCGUAUUAAUGUUGGCGCCCGAUAUUGACCCGCAAUGA